UUAUAAAACUUCUGUUCAGCUAGACUUCAGAUGGUUCCCCAAGUUGAUUGUUCUGUAAUUUUAAUGUGUUCACUGGAUGAAGCAAGCACAGCGUGUAUUUACUCCACCAUCUUGGAUCUCCCAAAGCCAGGUAUAUUGGCAGGGGCUGCCACCCUGUUGUGUCUGCGGGUGCUGGCUCAGGUUAGAAUUGUGGGCAAAGGUCUGGCCAUACUGCAGGCAGACAUAGGACUUCUCACUGUUGGAGGCCAACUGGUGGAAGAGUAGGUGGGAGCUCUGGCUGAAGCUCUUGCCACACUCGCCAGCAUAAGGUUUCUUGUCCAUGUGUGUUGGUGCUGCAGCAGAUUUGAACUGUCUACAAAUGCUUGCUACAAUUGGGGCACGUGUAGGGCUUCUCAUCCAUGUGUGAGCUUUGGUGUUUAAGGAGCUUGGAGCUGUAGCAGAAGGUUUUGCCACACUCUAGACGGGCAUAAGUCAUUCAUCCAAGUGAAUGUACUAAUGCUCAGUAAAUGGGUUUGCCCACUAAAGCCAUGGUCACACUCCAUUGUGGGUGUGCUGGUGCUGUAGGCAGUCAACUGGUGGUGAAGUUCUUGCCACGCUCACAGUGUGAACGCCGGUGCUUGGGCAGAUAAGAGCUGCGCCUGAAGCUGUCACUGCACUAGGCACAGCGGUAGGGCUUUUUGCCUGUGUGCGUGCGCUGGUGCGCAGGUUGGAGCUAACGCUGGAAGUCUUACUACACUUAGCACAGGUAUAGGGUGAGAAGCCCUGUUGGUGUUUAAUCAGGUCUGAGCUGCAGUCAAAAGCCUCCUCAUACUCUGGGCACUUGUGAGGCAGGAGGCCUGAGUGGGAGCAAUGGUGUUGAAGUUGGAGCUGAGGCUGAAGCAACAGUCACGCUCAGAGUAGGGUAUGGCUUCUCGCCAGCGUGUACCCAUUGGCGCUUAACCCGAUCUGAGCUACGUCGGAAGCUUUUGCCACACUCCGGAAAGCAGUAGGACCUGUCCCCAGCAUGGCUGCUUUGGUGGUGACUGGUCAGUCCACACUUCUGGCACCCAAAGGCUUUAGGGAUUGCAGGACAGUUGGUCCUGAGUUAUGGGCUUCUAUCUCGCCAGAUCCAGAGCCUGACCUACAGAGUGUGGAUGGAAAUGGAAAUGUCCAGCAGCCCAUGCCGCUCUAGGAAGUGACAGCGAAUGGUUUCAGUAGACUUAACCCCCUCAUUCAUCUGGCCGGUCCAGAACUCCCCAUCUGCAGCCGCUGUCAGGCUACUUUUGACCUGGCUCGGGGUUCGUACGUCAGCGCGCAUUUCGGUGCCCCGCCACCGCUGGGGGCGGCCAAGCGAGCCUAAAGGAAAAGGCAGUCGCUGCCCAGAACACCCUAGGGGCGGGCUAGUCAAGUCACCUGGUGCAGCAGGAUAUUGAGACUCCAUAGUCGCGUGUUUCGGAUCUCCAGAGGUACCGACCCCCUCCGGGUCCAAUCCAUCCUAAACCAGAUUAAGCUUGGCGUGGACUACAUAUCCCAGCAUGCAUCGCACGCGCCUCCUGGGUUCAAGCAACGAUUAGACGACCACGUCCCUCGAAGUGCUUUCUGCGACUGUGCAAGAAUCAGAGUACUGGGAUCAAGAACUACAACUUCCGACUUGCUUAAUAACUGCGGCGGCGCUAUUUAAAAAGCGUCAUAGAGGGGAGCCUGGCUACGUCCCUCUCUUCCAGUUCCUCUCCCUUGGAUCAGCGGCGAGAAGGGGGCGGAGCCUUAGGCCUGAGCCAAGAUGGCGGCUGGGAAACCAACCCCCACGGACUCGCUCUCAUUCUGCCUCGCGCAGCUCACGGCGGCGGCCGGGGAGGGUCUAGGUGGGGUAAAGGACACAGCUACCAACGAGACACCCUUGGGCCGUGCACUCUUAGCCCUCCGCACGCGCCACGUCAAGGCAGCGGGGGGAAUCGAGCGCUUCCGGGCACGCGGCGGGCUCCUCCCACUCCUCGCGCUGCUACGGCGAGCGUCUGCAGCGGGUCCCGCCCCGUCCGAGGCUGGCCCUGGCUCCGCCCCCUCGUCGGUCGAGUCUGCGGCUUCUGCUGGCCCCACCCCCUCAUCGGGCUCCACCCCCUCCGUUGCGUCCUUGUCGACGUCCUCACCGCCAGCGCGCCUGCGCAAGACCCUGGACUUGGCGCUUAGCAUACUAGCCAACUGCUGUACAGAAGGGGCGUGCCGGGCGGAAGUGCGCAGACUCGGAGGCAUUCUCCCUUUGGUGACUAUUCUUCAGUGUGUGAAGACCGACAGCAUCCAGAACCGAACAGCCCGUGCUCUGGGCAACUUAGCCAUGGAACCCGAGAGCUGCAGGGCCAUCCAUUCCGCUGGCGCUGUCCCCUUGCUCGUGGAGAGCCUGACGGCCUGCCAGGACUCACAGUGCCGGCAGAGUGUGGUUCGCGCAAUCCGCAACCUGGCAGACUCCCCCCAGCACCGCCUGGCCCUGGCACAGCAGGGAGCGGUGCGCCCACUGGCUGAGCUUCUGGCUACUGUCCCGGACCCCGCGCUGACCUUGGCCCUGGUCCGUGCCCUCCUGGAGCUGAGUCGAGGCUGCUCCCGGGCCUGUGCCGAGCAGCUGAGUUUGGGUGGUGGACUCAGCCCACUGGUCAGCCUGGCCUCCCACCCUAAAAAGGCAGUACGUGAGGCAACCAUCCUGAUCCUCGCCAACCUGUGUGCCCAGGGCCUGGUACGGCCUGCACUGGGCAAUGCUGGUGGUGUGGAGGUGCUGCUGGGGGAGCUCCAGCGGCGCCGCAGCCCCAGUGGGGCCAGCCCAGCCUCCCAACAGCCCCUGGUGCGGGCUGUGUGCCUGCUGUGCCGGGAGGCCAUCAACCGGGCCCGGCUGCGGGAUGCUGGUGGUUUGGAGCUGCUGAUGGGCCUGCUGCGGGACCCUCGCGCCAGCACCUGGCACCCUCGUGUCGUGGCCGCCCUAGUGGGCUUCCUCUAUGACACAGGUGCCCUGGGCAGGCUCCAGGCUCUGGGACUGGUACCGCUCUUGGCUGGGCAGCUGUGUGGUGAGGCUGGCGAUGAGGAAGAAGAAGGAAGAGAAGCUGCUUCCUGGGACUUCCCUGAGGAGCGGACACCUGAGCGAGUGGAAGCUGGAAGCUUCCAAAGCCUCAGGUCGUGGCUGAUAUCUGAGGGCUACGUCGCAGGCCCGGGAGACAUCUCUCCCGACAGGUUUCCGGAGUGCUGCCCGCUGCCUCCGCCGGCAGCGGAGCCGACCAGCCCCGCCCCUGGCCCAGCCUUGCUGCGGACACCUCGAGCCCUGCGCUCGCUAGGCCGCAGCCCAGCCGCCCUUGAGGAGCCGUGGGGCCGCGAGGGGCCAGCGCUGCUGCUGUUGUCACGCUUCUCCCAGGCUCCAGACCCUAGCGGGGCGCUGGUGACCGGCCCGGCCCUGUGCGGCCUGCUGGCCUAUGUGACGGGCGCGCCUGGCCCUCCGAGCCCCCGCGCACUGCGUAUCCUGGCGCGCCUCACCUGUAACCCUGCCUGCCUGGAGGCCUUCGUGCGCAGCUACGGGGCUGCGCUGCUGCGCGCCUGGCUGGUGCUUGGUGUAGCCCCGGACGACUGGCCCACGCUGCGUGCCCGGCCCCUCAGUCGCCACAGCCAGCAUCGGGAGCUGGGUGAGAUGCUGCUGCAGAACCUGACAGUGCAGGCUGAGUCACCCUUCGGAGUGGGGGCCCUCACUCACCUGCUGCUCUCUGGGAGCCCCGAGGACCGCGUAGCCUGUGCAUUGACCCUGCCUUUCAUCUGCCGGAAGCCGUCUCUGUGGCGCCGGCUACUUCUGGACCAGGGUGGCCUCCGUGUCCUCCUCGCAGCACUGACGCGGCCAGCCCCACACCCGCUUUUCCUCUUCUUCGCUGCGGACUCCCUGUUCUGCCUCCAAGGCCUGGCGUCUCCCACUGCAACCCCAGCCCUCCCACGUGCAGUCCCUGGGGACCGAGAGGUGCCCUCCCCUUGUCUCUAUGAGCCUCUGCUGGGCCCAGCGCCCACCCCAGCCCCUGACCUGCAUUUCCUGCUUGACUCCGGCCUGCAACUCCCUGCCCAACGAGCUGCCUCAUCGACUGCCUCCCCAUUCUUCCGGGCCCUGCUAGCUGGCAGCUUUGCUGAAGCCCAUAUGGACCUGGUCCCACUCCGAGGCCUGUCACCCAGCGCAGCCUGGCCUAUCUUGCACCACUUGCAUGGCUGCCGGGGCUGUGGGGCAUCCCUGGGGCCCAUCCCCCCGCCAGGCCAGCCCCUGCUGGGCUCCGAGGCUGAGGAGGCCCUGGAGGCUGCUGGCCGAUUCCUGCUGCCUGGGCUGGAGGAGGAGCUGGAAGAGGCCGUGGGCCACAUCCACCUGGGACCUCAGGGUGGCCCAGAGUCCGUGGGUCAGGUGUUCCGCCUGGGCCGACCCCGGCUGGCUGCCCACUGUGCCCGCUGGACGCUGGGGCCAGAGCGGUGUCCACGGAAGCGGGCCCUGGCCCUGGUGGGGCUUGUGGAGGCAGCAGGUGAGGAGACAGGUCCCCUGACUGAGGCUUUACUGACUGUGGUGAUGGGGGGUGAGUUGGGGGCUAGGGGUCCCAGCCUAGACUGUUGAUAACCCCUCGAAGGGGACCCGAGGAUGAGAUGGCUGUGAAGGAGGCUUCCCUCAGAGUGGCUGGGGGAGGAGGCUCAGCAGAAGUCACCACCGAGGACUGAAGAAAGGGUGGCACUAGACCCCAGGAUGACGGGCUGAUGACUCAGGAGCGAAAGCCAAGCCGUGGUCUGGCAUGGGGUCCCCGAGAUGGAGAAGAGCCCAGGGCCCCAGGCCUGGCCCAGCCUUCCGGAAUUGGGAUUAAAACUUUGGAAGUAGA